ACCACCGGGACCGACCGGACAGGAGGGACAGAAACACGGACACGGGGACAGCCACACGGACACGGGACAGCCAGCCCCGCGGGACUGACCGACGGACAGCACAGCCAGCUCCCGGCGGGAACGGGGGACAGCCAGCCCUGGGCGGGACAGACACACGGACGGACGAGGGACAGCCAGAUCUGGGAGGGGACAGGGGACAGACAGUCCCGGAGUGACAGACGGACAAGGGACAGCCAGCUCCGAGGGGUGCAGGGCACAGCAGGAUAGUUAGCCCCGGAGGGGACAGACAGACAGACAGACGGACAGGGGACAGGCAGUCCCGGACAGGGGGACAGCGGAGAGCAGCCGGGGUCUCGGUCUCGGGGGGACACGGGAACAGAGAGCCCAGCGCAGGGACAGACGGACAAGGUGACCAGGGGGAAGCACACCCAGCGCCCCGGGAGCGGCUCCUCCGCCCGACCGCGCACCGGGAGCCCCGGCGGCCGCUCCGCCGCCCUCCCCGGCCGGGGAUGCAGCCCGGAGCCGCGGGCAGGCGGCGAUCGGGGCUCCGGGACACGGCCCGGCACCCACCGGGGCCGCGGCACCCCGAAGGGAUUUGAAGCUGGGUCAAGCCAUGGAAAUGUCACUGUGGCGGCUCGGGGGCCCGGAGAAGUGAGCGGCUGGGACACAGGGACACCGGGACACCGGGCUGGGCUCUGCACACCGGGACGGCCCCGAGAAACCAGCACAGCCCUGGGACUGUCACGGCCUGAAGGACACAGGACAGUGCCCGGGGCCAGGAGCCGUCCCACUGCCCACCCGGGGCUGGGAACACCGUCCUGACCGAGCUCUGGCACCCACGAGAGCCCGAUGAGGAGCUGGGGCUGCGUGUGAACCUAUGCAGACCAGGAAGAAAUACAUUUUCCUGGCUUUCCUGGCCUCUUGGCUCCUGCUUUUCUUCUUCGGAGGGGACCAGCUGCGCCGUUUCGCUUUGUUUUCCGCCAGGAAAGCAGAAGCCCCGAGGAGCUGGCCCCGCUGGACGGAUCAGUCCCUCCUCAGGAGCUUUGCAGAGCCCGAGGAGCUGCAGAGGGAUGGGGACGCUGCCCUGCUGUCCCCCCGGGAGAGGCGAGCGGCCUGGCUGAGGGCCUAUAGGAGCAGCAGGUGCCGCAUGGAAACCUGCUUCGACCUCUCCAGGUGCGAGAGGAACGGCUUCAAGGUGUUCACCUACCCCCAGGAGCGGGGCCAGCCCGUCUCGGAGACCUACAGCAAGAUCCUCAGCUCCAUCGAGCGCUCGCGGUACCACACGGCCCGGCCCGAGGAAGCGUGCCUCUUCAUCCUCAGCGCCGACACGCUGGACCGCGACCGCCUCUCGGAGCACUACGUGCGCGACCUGGAGGGCAAAAUCCACAGCUCCCCGCUCUGGAACGGCGGCCGCAACCACCUCAUCUUCAACCUCUACUCGGGCACCUGGCCCGGCUACGGCGGCGAGCUGGGCUUCGACCCCGGGCACGCCAUCCUGGCCAGGGCCAGCUCCGACAGCCGCACCUUCCGGCCCGGCUUCGACGUCUCCAUCCCCCUGAUCCCCCGGGAGCACCCGCAGCGCGGCGGGCACCGCGGCUGGCUGGCAGAGGUGCCCCCCAAGAGGAGAUUCCUGCUGGUGUUCAAGGGCAAGCGGUACCUGACGGGCAUCGGCUCCGGCACGCGCAACGCGCUGCACCACAUCCACAACGGGAAGGACAUCAUCUCCCUGACCACCUGCAAGCACGGCAAGGACUGGCACAGGCACAAGGACACGCGCUGUGACCAGGACAACGCGGACUAUGAGAGGUUUGAUUACCAGGAGCUGCUGCACAACUCCACGUUCUGCAUCGUGCCCCGGGGCAGGCGCCUGGGCUCCUUCCGCUUCCUGGAGGCUCUGCAGGCCGCCUGCAUCCCGGUGCUGCUGAGCGACGGCUGGGAGCUGCCCUUCGCCGAGGCCAUCGACUGGGGCAAGGCUGCUGUGGUGGGCAGCGAGAGGCUCCUGCUGCAGAUCCCCUCUGCCGUGCGCUGCAUCCGCCCCGAGCGUGUGCUGGCCUUCCAGCAGCAGACGCAGUUCCUGUGGGAUGCCUACUUCUCCUCGGUGGACAAGAUCGUGCACACCACGCUGGAGAUCAUCCGGGACCGGCUGGACCCGGCCCGCUCCCGCUCCCGCCGCCUCUGGAACGCGCUGCCCGGGGGGCUCCUGGUGCUGCCCGAAUUCUCCACGCACCUCGGGGAUUUUCCCUUCUACUACCUGCACCACGGCUACAGUCCCUCCAAGAAGUUCACGGCUUUCAUCCGGGCGGUCUCGCAGGCAGGGUCGCUGUCCCAGCCCCUCCUCAGGCUCAUCCAGGCCGUGUCUGGAUCCCAGUACUGCGCCCAGAUCGUGGUCCUGUGGAGCUGCGAGAAGCCGCCACCCCCGAGCGGGAAAUGGCCCCAGAGCAGCGUGCCCAUGACCAUCAUCCAGGGCAGGAGGAAGCUCAGCGACCGCUUCUUCCCGUUCGAGGCCAUCCAGACGGACGCGGUGCUGAGCCUGGACGAGGACACCGCCCUGUCCACCAGCGAGGUGGAUUUUGCCUUCUCGGUGUGGCUCAGCUUCCCCGAGCGCAUCGUGGGCUUCCCCACGUGGAGCCACUUCUGGGACGCCGAGCGGGGCCGCUGGGGCUGCACGUCCCGCUGGACCAACGAGGUCUCCAUGGUGCUCAGCGCCGCCGCCUUCUACCACCGGUACUACCACAGCCUCUUCACCGAGUACCUGCCCGCGGGGCUGCGGGAGCUGCCGGCCUGCGAGGACAUGCUGCUGAACGCGCUGGUGGCCGCUGUCACCAAGCUGCCGCCCGUCAAGGUGACCCAGCGCAAGCAGCACAAGGAGGGGGCGGCCCGGCAGGCGGGCUGCGGCGAUGAUGGGGCUGCGGGGACCCCCCCGGGCCCGCCCCCCGCUCCGGCCGGGGCACGGGGCACGGAGGGCGGCCGGCGGCUCGGGCAGCGCCAGGACUGCCUGAAGCAGCUGGAGAACUGGUUCGGCUACAUGCCCCUGGUGUCCUCCCGGCUGCGCCUCGACCCCGUCCUCUUCAAGGACCAGGUGUCGGUGCUGCGCAAGAAAUACCCGAGCCUGGAGAGGCCGUGAGGGUCGGGCCGGGCCCCAGGGGCAGGAUCGCUGCUGAUGCUGACGGGGUUUUACUCGUUAUUGGCUUUCACCAGUGCAAUAAAGGAGGGCGAGAGGUAGGAUCAGAUGGUGGAAUGGAGGAAAGGCUGUGGGAUUUGGGGGGCACCAGGUUUUGGGUGCUGCAACCCUUCUGCCAUCGCACCCUGGGAACAACCCGGGCAGCCCUGCGGGGAGGGAGAGUCCUUCACCUUCCCGAGAGCAAACAGAGGAGCGAUAAGAGCCGUGUGUGACCUCCCUGCGUGGCUCCAGCUGCGUCCCCCGCAGGCCCUGGGCAGCCCAGCACCCCCCAUUGCCCAGCAGCACUCCCCACAGAAGGGAAAAGGGUGUUCCAGCUGGCUUUCCUCCCAGCUGGACGGAAAUACGGAAUGUUAGGUGCCUCCAACAGCCGCUCUGGGUGUGUCCUUGGCUGCUGCAGAUAGCGGAGAUAAAGCCGGG